AUGGACCAUCCCUACUACCCUCUCGGCGUCUCCAUCCCCAAUUAUCGCCCAAAUGACCUCCCGCUCUCCCGCUCUCUUCCCGUCUUCGGGGCCCUCAUCGGCGCCGUUGUAGUUUCGGCCUACCUCCUCGCCGGCUCCGGCUCCGGCUCCCCGCGCCGUGUCCGGUCUAUCGACCGGUUUGCGGCUUCGUGGUUUGCCUUGUGCGGCUUCUUACAUAUCGCCUUUGAAGGGUACUACAUCCUUCACCGCGCAGGCAUCUCCGGCAAAGGCACGCUCUUCGCCCAGCUCUGGAAGGAAUACGCUCUCUCCGACUCGCGCUAUCUCACCUCCGACAUCUUCACCAUCUGCGUCGAAACCAUCACCGUCGUUCGUUUCAUCCUUCCUCCUAGCCCCGAAAAUUCCUCUCGAAACGCAUCUAACGCGCUCAUCCAGUUCGCCUGGGGACCAUUGAGCCUCAUCGCCGUCCUCUGCAUCUGCACCAACCACCCGUCCAGACACCUCUUCCAGAUCGUCGUCUGUGUUGCCCACCUCUACGGAGUGGCCUUGUACUACGCUACGAACUGGGCUGAGCAACGUCUUCAUGGCGUGUCGUACAGUCGACCCGAGUUUCUCUAUUUCUGGAUCUAUUACGUUGGAUUCAACGCCCCGUGGGCCAUCGUCCCCUUCUGUGAGUGGCCAGCACCCGGCGGAGAGGCUUCGAAGUCUGACCCUCCCGUGAUAGUCUUAUUGGCGGAUAGCUAUAGACGGAUAGCGACGGCAUUCCGAGCAUUGCAUGAGAAGGAAUCUCAACAAAAGAACGAGUAG